AUGUCACUAUUUAAUUUCCCAACAGAAACAAAGCAGCAAAUACGUACUUUUCGUACAUCUACCUCAAGAUCAGAUAAGUUACAGCAUCUAAUAAUUAAAAUUGAGCCUAAACCAUCGUAUUCUAUAGUAAUCGAUGACGGCAAAGACAACGAUGAUGACGAUUGGGAUGAUAUUUCUGAUGCUCAUUCUGAAGGAUUAAAUAAUUUAAAUGAAUUACGUGAAAUACUGCCAGAUAAUACACCCAGAUUUAUAUUGUUAUCCUAUCCAAUGACGAGUAAAGAUGGCAGAAAAUUAACUCCUUUGGUUUUAUUGUAUUGGAAACCUUCUACCGUAGUAUCUAACGAAUGGAAAAUGUUAUACGCCGGUUGUCUAGAAAUGGUCAAAAGUGAAUGUUCUCCUAACAAGUUCAUUGAAGUCAGCAGUGGUUUAGAGGAUGAAGAGGACGUGGAAGAUUUAAUCAAUGCUAUUGAGGCCUAG